AUGGAUCCCUCAAAAACAUAAAUGUUAAAGUUAUCAUAAUCAACAAAAGAAAGAGUGGAGGCUGCAAAAUAAUAUAUAGAGAAGAAAUAUCAAAAGCUUCUUUAUGAAUAAAAAGAGAAAAGAGAAAAAUGGGAAUAAUUAAUUCAAAAAUUGACAAAUUUGAAUUAUACUUAAAUUGAAUAACAAGUGAUAAAAUAGGACUUAUUUCAUAAAGAAGCUGAAAUAUUGAGAUUACAAAGAUAAAAGCUUAGCAUAAAAGAUUUUGAAUCAGUAGAGAUAAUUGGAAGAGGAGCAUUUGGUGAAGUCAGAUUAUGCAAAAAUAAGUUGACAAAUGAAAUUGUGGCAGUAAAAAAAAUGAAAAAAUCUGAAAUGCUUUAUAAAAAUUAGGUAUUGAAUAUAUAACCAAGGUAUGUCAUGUAAGAGCCGAAAGAGAUUUAUUAGCAGCAUCAGACAAUGCUUGGAUAGUUCAAUUGAAAUGCUCAUUCUAAGAUGAGAAGUACAAAAUUCUCUCGAUUGUAGAUACUUAUAUUUAGUGAUGGAAUAUUUACCAGGAGGAGAUUUAAUGACAUUACUUAUGAAGAAAGACAUCUUUACCGAAAAAGAAUCUUAAUUUUACAUGGCAGAAUCAAUAAUGUAAUAUAGAAUUUAUUUUAAAAAGGGCAGUUGAUUAAGUGCAUAAAUUAAAAUAUAUACAUAGAGAUUUAAAACCAGAUAAUAUUUUACUUUAGGCAGAUGGACAUAUAAAGUUAAGUGAUUUUGGAUUAUGUAAAUAUGUAGAAUCUCGUGGAACCAGAUUAGAUGAAAGAAUAAGUGUACAUAAACCUGAAGACAAAGGUAGCAACACUACAACCUUUAAAAGAAAUAGAAUUAAAGCAUAUAGUACAGUUGGAACACCAGAUUACAUAGCUCCUGAAGUUUUUGGGAAAUCUGGUUAUAAUGAGACUGCAGAUUGGUGGUCUUUGGGAGCAAUUCUAUUUGAAAUGCUUGUAGGAUAUCCUCCAUUUUUUUCAGAUGAUCCUUCAUCUACAUGUUAAAAGAUCAUUAAUUGGAGAAAGCAUCUUGUCAUUCCUCCUGAAGCCAAAUUAUCACCAGCUGCAACAGAUCUUAUUCUUAGAUUAAUGAGUGAUGCUUCAAAUAGAUUGGGUGUCAAUGGAGUCAAUGAAAUUAAGGCACAUCCAUUCUUUGCUGGUAUUGAUUGGAAGAGUUUGAGAUCUAAAGUAUCACCUUAUAUUCCAGAAAUUAAAUCUGAAUUAGAUACUAGAAAUUUUGAUAAAUUUGAAGAACAAGAACCUUGGGUACCAUAAGAGUAAUUAUUAAUAUAAUAAAUAUAAGUUCUGGCAAAUCCAUAAGAAAAGAUGUUAAUUUUAUAGGUUAUACUUUUAAUCGAGAAGUAGAAGUUUAAAGAUCUUAUCUUUUAUAAGCUUUGCUUGAUCUUGAUGCUUUGCAAGCUUAGAAAACAGUAAUUCAUUCUAUUUUUAUUUAGGUUCCUACUGAAUCUACUUUGAGUAAAUCUUAAGAGAAAAAAGAACCUUUUUCAAUUCAGUCAUUGCCAAUCAAUUUAUAAUUGGAUUCUGAUUUGUAAAGUAAAUUACUCAAAACAUAGAAAUUGUUAUAAAAUACUUAAUCUAAGUAAAAAUAUCAUUUAAAUUUAGGCCUGUUCUUACUACAAAAUAGUAAUAAGCACCAACUUCAAAACUUUAAUAAUAAUUAAGUUUAAGUCCAACUCAUUAGAAUUUCAAUUAACAAAAUUAUCUAAAAUAAUUGAUAAGUCCAUAAAAUAAAAAAAUGGCUAUUUCACCAUAAUCUAAACCUGUAAGUGAACACUAAAACCCUUCUUUAGCAUAAUUAUAUAAAUAAUUUGAAGUAUAGAAAUAAGCUAGUAAUACACAAAGGGUCUAACCUAAAUCAUAGAUUCAGAUUCCAAUUAAUAAUAAUAUUAUUAGUAAGAAAUGAG